AGUGAAGGUUCUGGAUUUCAGCAGAUAGAAACAUGCAGUGGACUGUCCAGGUCAUCGUGGUUCUCCUGAACAUAGCAUGGAUUGCCUUCUUUUUACAGCCUGAUCCUUUCUCAGUGUUUGUACAGAGAAGAAGCUCUGACAGCUCUGAUGAGGAGAUGCUGUUUAGACAGUUUUGUAUUCAGCCUCAUCCUGACAUGAACUGGGCUUCGACUGCACAUUCAGCCAACAUCACCCCUAAUAAAACCAACAGCACCAACAUGACAGCUGAAGAGAAAACAAAGCUCUCUUUGCAUGAAGCUCACGUCAUCAAUAAGACUGAAACUCAUGACUGUCAGUGCAACAACACACAUAUGAAACAAAGUGAUUACUCAGGGUUUUCAGAUAUCAAGUUCAGAGCUCCAGCACCGGGAUGUAAGCCUAUGAUAAUCAUGACGUUUCCCAACAAGAAGGUGUGUGUUGAUGUGGAAACCUUCUUUUCUGUCUUUGAUUCACUUGCUUCAGACAGCUCAGAAGCUGCUCAUGUUACAGUGACCCGGCAGUCGAAACCUCCUGUCCAAGAAAAAGACGAGGACCCAACACGUUCUCCUGGUUUGAACAGGUCUGAGAUGCCUCCAGCUUUUCCCAUGUCAAUAAUCGGUCCUGAUGACUGCUGCUUGAAAUUCUACCCGAGAAGAGUGAUGAAAAACUUCAUCAAGUCAUAUUAUCUGUCUGAUCACCGCUGCUCGAAGGCUGCAGUCAUUCUGGUUACACAAAAGUCUCGUCGCAUCUGUGCAGAUCCGUCUCUCACCUGGGUCGACGGCAUCAUGAAAUAUUUGGAUGAGAAGUCCUUUUAAGCCAACUGCCCGCCCUUUAAAGUCACUGCGACUUUUGUUGCUUUAUCACAUACUAUGAAAUGCAUGCUGCAAUGUGGCUUAUGAUUCUGAUAUCAUGUGCAAAAUCUGUCUCAGUAAUUAAAGGUUUAAUCUUUCUCUUUUCUUGUAAUUUCUUUUGAAUGCUUUGUAUUAUCCACAAUAUCAUACAGUAAAAAAUCAGUUUAAAAACUUU